UCUGUAAAUCUAUCGGCAACAAUGUUUUCUAUUAAAUAGUGCAAUCAGAUAGAUCUCCAAGUGCAUAGUUUUUAUGAAAUAAUAUAUAAGUUUUAAUAAAAAUGUAAAAUUUUAAACAAAAAUUGUUUAAAGUAUACAAGAACGUACAAGUUCGCUAAGUAAAAGCUUGCAUACAACAUUUAUAUACAAUCGUUCUGCAACGAUAAAGAAAAAAUUCUUUAAUUUUCGUUACAAAUUCGUUUUGCGAUGAACGUUGUCUCAUGGCCGAGAAAAUUAAAAACUUCAACUUGAAAACUUGUGGCGGCUGUCUAAACGAUCUGCAGCAAGAUGAAAAAUUUAUUGUUGGCUUGGGACAGCAAUGGCAUAGCGAUUGUUUUUGCCGUGCUGUUCAUAAUUGGUAUUUUGAAAAGGAUGGUGUCCUUUUUUGCAAGGAGGAUUACGUUCAGCGCUUCGGAGAAGCAUGCCAACAAUGUAAUACCAUUAUAUCGGGGCCGAUAAUGGUGGCAGGCGAUCAUAAAUAUCAUCCUGAAUGCUUUUGUUGUACAUCGUGUAAAACAUUUAUCGGUUAUGGAGAAUCAUACACGCUGUUGGAACGUUCUAAGCUUUAUUGUGAUCCUUGUUACAACAAGCAAAUGCUACAACCUGUUAAAGGGAAUGAUUCCUCUCGAAAGCCUUUACACGCUAUACGAUUGGUAGAGGUACCAAGAGACGUUGCACCUAGCUUACGUUUAUCUGUUGACACUGUUAGUCAUUCAAGUUGCGGCGACAAUCUGCAAAAUUGUGCUUGCAAUUUGGCUACUUUCGAUGCCGUUGGGUUAGGUAAAAUGUCAUCAGGCAGCAAUACCACCGAACUAUUCCCAGCUGUUCGUAUAUCUGAACUCAUUUGUAGAAUAUACGGACGUGUUGGAAAAUACGUUUUCUCUCUAAUAACAUCGGUGAUCGAUCAAUGUUGUGGGGCGUAUAGAAUCGAUGUAAAUCUUACGAACUUACACGUGGGCGAUCGCAUAUUGGAAGUGAACGGCACGCCGGUCAGUAAUAAUUCAAUAGAACAGAUUGACAACUUGAUACGUAGCACUGAGAAAAUUCUACAAUUAACAGUCGAGCAUGAUCCUGUGCAAGUGUGCCGGAGUUGUAGUAACAUAGAUAUCAAAAAGUUGACCAGCGAAUUGUCUCUACCCUUGGCUACAUCGGCUUCCAGUGUGGAAGUAUUUGGCCGUGAAUUUAAUAAAUCUCAACAAGAGUAUGUUGAUCCAAAAUUAACCAAAAAGGAUAAAGAACGAAUUUAUAAACGCAAAGAUGAAGGUUACAUUAGCGGCACAAAAACCCGUCAAUUAAGAAAGUAUAAAAAUUUAAGUAUGAUGAUUGCCAAUGAACAUGAUGAACUUCAUUCUAUACCGGCCGGCAAGGUCGAUAGUACCAAAACAUUACUUCGGGACAAAGAACGAUGUUCGAGUAUGUCCAAAUUAACUGGGGAACGCCAUGUAGGCAGCACCGAACAAAUGUACGAUUUGUCUAGGACUAGGUCAUUUCGGGUGGAACCAAAGCCCCAACGCAUUUUUCGCGCUGCUGAUUUAGUUAUAGGGGAGCUUUUGGGUAAAGGUUUCUUUGGUCAAGUUUAUAAGGUAACACAUCGUUUGACUAAAGAAGUGAUGGUGUUGAAGGAACUGUAUCGGGUGGAUGAGGAAGCUCAACGUAACUUUCUCAAAGAGGUGGCAGUAUUACGUUCUUUAAAUCACCCUAAUGUUCUUAAGUUUAUUGGAGUUUUGUACAAAGAAAAAAGGUUACACUUGGUGACCGAGUACGUGGCAGGCGGUUCAUUAAAAGAACUCAUACAUGAUUCUGGUUUACCGUUAAGUUGGACAGAACGCAUUUCUUUUGCUAAAGAUAUUGCUUGCGGAAUGAGUUACUUGCAUUCCAAAAAUAUUAUUCAUCGUGAUUUAAAUUCUUUGAACUGUCUAGUGCGUGAAAAUCGUACUAUAAUUGUAGCUGAUUUUGGUUUGGCUCGGAUAAUCACCACGCCAACAAUCAAAUGGUGUGGUGGAAUUCCAGAUUCGCAGGACUCGAAAUCUAAUACGUUAACACGUAGUAAGAGUAGGCAACGACGCCAGCGUUACACAGUGGUGGGUAACCCUUACUGGAUGGCACCAGAAAUGAUGAAGGGCUUGAGAUACGAUGAGAAAGUGGAUCUAUUUUCAUUCGGUAUAAUGCUAUGUGAAAUAAUAGGACGAGUUCAAGCCGAUCCUGAUUAUUUGCCACGUACUUCAGAUUUUGGCUUAAAUCAGAAAAUAUUUUGCGAGAAGUUUUGCCAUCAGUGUCCAGAACCCUUUUACAAGAUUGCUUUUUUAUGCUGUGACUUAAAUCCAGAUAAGAGGCCUUCAUUUGAUGUACUCGAGCUUUGGCUGGAUAGUCUGAAAUCCUCUGUGAUCUCGAAACAAUUAAUGCCAGAAGAAUUAUUGUACGAUAUCGAGAAUUAUAAAGGUUUUAGUAUUAGUUCAACACCAGUGGAUCUUCUAACACCAAAAUCCAAUCUCAGCCGAGAAAAUUUGGAUGAAGUUGAAAGUUUACCGUUCACACCACAAUCUUUGCCAACGAUUGUCACAGAAGCCAUUAACGAUACAGAAGUCAAAUGUUGUGCUCUAAACUUGCCCGAUGAUAUCCCGAAAUCACCUCACUUAGGUAAAGAUUUUUCACCCACCGGCGAACGUAUCCAUAAUAGCAUGCGUGCUAAAAGAAGGCAACGUUUUCUUCAAGCACAAAAUGCUGGCUUAACAGAUGUGGAAGAAAUUAAACUUGGCGUAGAAAGUAAUGGCAAAGCGAAUUAUGUAGAGAAAGGUUUUCUAAUUAACUUCAGUCAAGAUGGCGAUUUACAUUUGAAUAAUGUAGAAAAUUUGAAUAAUUACUCCGAUUUAGACUCAAGCUGUGAAACCAGUCUUACUUACCAAGAAAUAGAUCAGAUUUCAAACGCUGAUCAAGUGGAUGAAGUUAAGGGUGAAAAUACAAUAUUAGAACAACCGGCAGAGAACUCGAUUGAGACUGUGCGUCCGCGAAGCGACAACACCCCUGCUAAAAGUGCGCUUAAUGAUAGAUCCUACAGAAAUGCUUUAGACGAUAUACGUGUUCGUUUAAAUUUAUGUAAAGCACGCAUUGAUAAUAUUGAUGAAGCAAAUCGCAGAAAUUUCUCAAAUUCCCAAACAACAAUGCGAUCGGUGUUCAAAAUGAAGGAAGAAAUUUGUAAAUCCCCACCACAAUCCAUAAAAAUGUUUGAACGUUUUAAAGGUUUGCCUUCAGUAAAUUUUGCGUCUCCUGGAAACGCUAGUACAGAAAUUAAACACACUUACCGUGUUAACCAAACUCCAGUAUUUGGACGUAAAAAAUUUACAGAAGUCGAACCUAAACUAAAAUAUCACAAACCACAUUCGGAUUCUUUGGAAAAUAUUGAUAAAAUGGGAAUCCCUCAGCAACGGCUGGACGGCAAAAGCUCACCAAAACGUGUAAGGCUGCCGAAAGAGGAAUCGUUUAAAAGUUAUAUAGCUGAAAAGCAGAAUGUGUCUCCUCCAAUAAUUUGCACUGCUCCCAAGAGCACGAGAAAAAAAGAAAAGUUGGAAACGGGGCAAACUAGUGUAAAGUUUUUUGGAGUACGACGUAAUUUUAAUUUAACUCUUUCACCGAAACGUGAAGUGGAAGAAAAAGUAGCAGCAGUAAGACGGCCGUUUUCACCUACUAAGUCAAGUGAGGCCAAGAAAGUUUCCGCUGCCAAACCAGAGAUACAAACAAGUGGUGUUCGUAACCGUAGCAGUUGUAUAAAAAAAAUUUCUCAACAAAUGAAUACGUCCUCGAAUCGCUCCAAUAACGACCGAAUGCGUUUGUCUGAAAGGAUUCAUGAACAGAAAAAGUCCCGCGUCACUACGGAUAACUUAACUAAUUCAAAUGUUGUCAUGGAUACGCAAAAAUCAGCACAAGCACCACCAACACAGGUCUCACAGAAUAAUGAAAGCGCGGCCAGCACCAAAAAUCAAAAACGUUUAAUCGCGUCACGUUCGCAAUUCUAUACGCGAUGUUAGCGAACUUUGCGUUGGCUGCCUCUUAUUUACUUGAAUAAGAAAAUGUUAAAUAAGCAUAAGAGAAAAUUUGAAUGACAGAGAUAAUAAAAAAGACAAAUACAAACACAUAAGGAUAUAAAAAUAUUUUUGUAAGAUUUUCUAGUGCCACACAUAAACUCGAUGAUCCGCAGUACAGCUUUAAAAGGAGUCGUCUUAAUUUUUUUACGCAAAUAACAGUAUUUUUUCAUGUACAUUCACAUAGAUGUAGAAAUAACCCUAUUAACGAGAAACAAUGUAACAAGUUUUGUUUUAUC